AUGCCCGAGUCCGCCCCUGCUGCAGCUCCUCCGAGCGCCAUUUCCCGACCCGUCAGCGAGGCCCUCCUCAACGAGAAGUGGGAUCGCUGCCUGUCCAACCUCCUUGUCAAAUCUACCCUCGGUCUCGGUUUCGGAGUCGUCUUUUCCGUCCUUCUAUUUCGGCGACGAGCCUGGCCGGCCUUCAUUGGUGCCGGAUUCGGAGCUGGACGAGCCUACGAAGAGUGCAAUUUCAAUCUCAAGCUGGCGGCGCGCGACCUCAAGAAGCAGACUCAGUAG